AUGGAUCCUGAACAAUUCAAUGUCAAAAAGAACCCCAAAGCUUACAUAGAGCAUCUGGAAAACCAAAAUCGCAUCCGCAAACAGCUCGAACUCCGCGAUCGCGACCAUCUUGCCAAAAAGCAAAAAGAGCAAGGUUUCAACAUUUACCUUGGCGGUGCAAAUAAUGAACGAGUUACAGAUCAGCGCAAGCGUGAAAAAGUAGAAAAACUGAGAGAAAAAUCCCAAGAAAGACCUGCAAAUUCUCGCAAAAAAUGAGGAAACCCCAGCUUUCCAAUCCCAUCAGUCCCUUCAUUAUCAAAAGAAACACAUCCAGAUGCUUAUGAACAAAAUUCUGACCCAGAGUACUCUGACUCAUUUGAAGAAGACGAGGACGAAAUUGAAGAAAUUAAGCCUUUGCCCAUCAAAAUACCUCCCAAAGCAGACCUAAAGCAGUCAAUUAUCCAAAAAAUCAGUCAAUUAGAUGAGGCAAAACUCGAAAAAUUGUCAAGAUUUUUGGAUUCUUUACAAGAAGAGCCUCAAUUUGAAGAAGAGGAAAACCCUUUUGAAGCUUUAAAACCAUCAGAAAAGCAGCAGUCUUUUACAAGCCCAAAACCAAAACCUGUCAUUCAUAAACACAAAAGGCCGUAUUCUAGCAAAGGAAAUGAGGAAAAAAAAGAGUUCACAGAAAUCGAGCUAAGGGUGCUUACGACGUGGGGCCAUGCCCAUUUGAUAGGGCUUACAGAAAUUGAAGCUUUUAAUGAAAAUUCAGAAAAUAUUAGGCUAAAUCCUUCAAAUAUUCAGAUAAAAAAUACAGGACAUGGGGUACUGUCAAAUCCUAGCAAGCUUGUAGAUGGAGAAAAAUAUACAGAAGACGAAAAACAUAUGUGGCUUGGUCCUAUGCCUGAGCCACCUAACAAUCUAGAAAUCGUAUUAACUUUGCCAUCAUCUGAAAAUAUCUCAGCAUUAAGACUGUGGAAUUAUAAUAAAAGCCUGCUGGACUCAGUCAAAGGGGUCAGAGAGCUAGAAGUGUGAAAGGAUGGCAAACUUGUAUGGGAAGGCACUGUAACCCGUGGCUGUGGAAAUCGAUAUGACGACUAUUAUACUGAUAUCCCUCUAAUUCCGAAUUUUUCUAUAAAAAACGAAGAAGAAAUCCCUGAAGAUGUAAAACAAGAAAAUUUCGAAGAAAAACCUACGUCAGCUCCAAUGUGACUACCAGGAAAACCAAUGAUUAAAGAAGAAAAAAAAGAAGAUGACAAGCUGCGGCCUGUUGCAAGUGUCCCUAGAGUCAGGCAUAACCAGCCAUUUGAAAUAGUCCAAGAAGAAAACAAAAAAAUAGAAACAAGCGACUAUCAUUUGUCGCCAGCUGUAUUAAAUUUCAAAAAAUCUAGUGUGACGACUAGAGAGAAAAAACAAAUCCAAAACGAUUUUACAGACCCUGCACUAAUUCCUGAGCCAACUUUAAAGCUACUUGGACUUAACACGAAAAAAAAACAUGUGGCUGCUGAGCCUUUAAAAGAGAGCUUGGACUCUUUGGAAUAUUUUAAAAUUACUAAUGAAAGCAGAAUAAAAAGAGACACUCAGGUAAAAUCGAAGCCACUAGAAGAAAUAUUAGAAGUUAAAAUAGAAAAACCAAGGGAAAAGCCACAUGAUCCGCUUGAUGAUGCACUUGAUAGGUUUAUUGUAGAACAAGCAGCACCAAAGCCACAAAAUUAUGAAGAGCAGAAAAUCCCAAGCUACCCAAAAGGACAAAUGUUGAAAUUCAAAAUUUUGUCUACGUGGGGAGAUACUCAUUAUGUAGGGCUCUGUGGGAUUGAGCUGUUUGAUCAGCUUGGAAAUCCUAUUAAGUUUAAAGACCCAGCUAAGCAGAUUUCAGCUGAGCCUGCAGAUGUAAACGUCCUGCCUGGGUAUGGCACUGAUCCUCGCACAGUCGACAAACUUCUUGACGGCACAAACUGGACUUGUGACGAUUUACAUGUAUGGCUAGCUCCUUUUACCCAAGGGCAGUUUAAUUUAAUAUACAUAAAUCUGCUAAGCCCAGUCGCCCUUUCUAUGAUCCGUAUAUGGAAUUACAACAAAUCCCGUAUCCACUCCUACAGAGGUGUAAAAAACCUAGAAAUCAGCUUUGACAACAAAAAUAUUAUUUUUUCAGGAGAAAUUUCUAUUGCCCCUGGCAGAAUGAAGGACGCAGACCAGUACUGUGAGUAUAUCAUGUUUACCAAAGAUGACGGGAUUUUAAAAAGAAUAGAAAAAAAUGACUGGGUGAAGGAUUUUGACCAUAAUGAAGUUGACCAAGAACUAAUGUCAACAAUAAGGCUACAAAUGAGGCCAGGAACUGCAAGUAGAGAACAAGGAAAAAUAGAACUCCAGCCAAGAAGGAUUGGGGAAGAUGGGAGGCCUUUGACUUCAGCAAUUGUAGCACCGCCUCCUCCUGUGUCUUCAAAAACUUCUGUGGUAGGGCGAAAAAUCAGGAUUUUAAUAUUAGAAACUUGGGGUGAUUCUUUUUAUGUAGGCUUGACUGGUUUGCAGAUUUUUGGACGAGAUGGUCCAAUUGAGAUCCAGAGGAACUGAAUUGAUGCGACUCCAAGAGAUAUGAACGUAAUUCCUGGCUACUCUGGAGACUACCGAACCCUUGAUAAGCUUAUCAACAGCCGAAACCGUACCACAGAUGACCACAAUAUGUGGCUUAUCCCAUACUCUCAAGGAAAAUACCAUUUUAUUGACAUUGAUUUACAAGAUAUGACCCACAUCUCAGGAAUUAAUUUUUGGAAUUAUAACAAAAACCCUGAAGACACUGCAAGAGGGGUAAAACGAAUUUUACUAUACAUUGAUGGGAAAUGCAUUACCUCAGACGCAGGAAUUGCAUUAAGAAAAGCUCCUGGACAUGCAGAAUAUGACUUCGGGCAGCUAAUUAGUUUGCCUUAUAGUGAUGGCUGGAAUGAUGAUUUAAUUACUCCUUUAUCCCGACCUAUAUUUGCAAGCCAAUUAGUUCUACAAGACUAUGAGACACCAUAUCUGCCAUGCGGGUUUAUACUGAAAUUAAGGCUAUUUUCUACAUGGGGAGAUAUGCAUUAUAUUGGAAUGAAUGGAAUUGAGUUAUAUGACCAAAAAGGAAGACCUAUCCUGUUUAACCAAACAAUUGGCUGCUCAAUCUCAGCAAAUCCUUCUUCUAUUAGAGAGCUCCCAGACAACUCAAACGAUGUAAGGACCCCUGAUAAGUUAAUUGAUGGGAUAAAUAACACAGCUGACGAUAAACAUAUGUGGCUUGCUCCGUUUCGUAAUGCGUCUUCUUAUUAUUCAGCUUUAGAAGGGCCUAGUAAGCCUAAUGAAAUCACAAUAACUUUUGAUAAGCAAAUUUGUAUUGGAUAUAUUCGGCUGUGGAAUUAUUCAAAGACCCCGACUAGAGGUGCAAAGGAUUUUGAGAUUUUGUUAGAUGAUAUUUUACUUUAUAAGGGGGUUAUGAGGCAAGCUGGGGGAGCGAGGGAUUGGAGCUGUGUCGUGCUGUUUACAGGGGAUCAAGGGGUUAUUGGAAGAUCGACUGAGCUGAUUUAUAGAGAUCAGACGGAAGGGAAAGGGAGUGUAUUAUUAUAUAAUGAAGGGAGACUGGUAGGAGGAGUGGAAGAAACCAAAGUGGUAGCAGCGAGGCCAUAUAUAUUAAAAUGGAGUGGCGAGCCAACCUUUUAACACCUGUAGCUAGAGUAAACCAGGGAACUUGUAAAAGGGAGUAUAGCGUUCGGUCAUAUGUAUAAGGCCAGAGGUUUUACUUGGCUUGGUAUGUGCAGUCCAGGUCAUUGUUUUUUACCUCGGAGUAAGAUUGGACUCGGAGUUGGAAGGGAUCUCACAGCAACGCCAGUGGGGUUAUUCCUGGUCAAUCAGGAGCAUUUCCAAGCGAAGCCCCGUACGUCAACGGAGUUUAUCUUUUGAAAAGCGAAUUUUCUGGUCACCUGUCAUCCAAGAUGGAAACUCAGGACGCAGCUCCUCGUGAUGACCCAGCGCCUCUAACCUACGGGGUAGGAGUUCAAACUCUCACCCAUGAGGAGCAAUACAGUGAGAGACCGUGCUCCGACUGGCAAGCAAGUGGCAGAGCGAUAUGGAAGUGUGAACAUGACCCAUCGUAUGCUUAUAGGGAGCUUCUCUUAUAUCUUAGUUAAGCUUAAGUUUAAGAUAGCAGCGAGGCCACAAACAAGUGUUGCGUUUUAG